AUGGAUUUUCCCGCCCGAAUGAAUGCGAACUCUGCUACACUUGGUUACUCCCUCCCACCCUUCCUUCUUAAUCUAUCUAUCUAUCUAUCUAUCUAUCUAUCUGAUCUAUAUAAACACUCUGUUAAUAUCUAUCUAUCUAUCUAUCUAUCUAUCUAUCUAUCUAUCUAUCUAUCUAUCUCUGUUAUUUAUCUAUCUAUCUAUCUAUCUAUCUAUCUAUCUAUCUAUCUAUCUAUCUAUCUAUCUAUCUAUCAGUGUCGGGCCAGACAAUUCUUAUCAGUCGACACACCAGUCUUUUUUGCUGCAUUCGAUUUUAUUAUAGCUCGUCGCAUUGUUGGGAAUAUAGGCUGUUCAUAUCUAUCUAUCUAUCUCAGCUUGCUCAUAUCUAUACAUUUAUCUCAACCUGUUCAUAUCUAUCUAUCUAUCUAUCUAUCUAUCUAUCUAUCUAUCUAUCUAUCUAUCUAUCCUGACUUUCAUUUGAAACAGUAG